AUGAAAAUGAAUUUCGACGACAGUGCGAGUAGUGGCUAUGCCACGGCCGAAACCAUAUACGGGACCCACGAAGAUAGUCAUGUUGUGAUGUCGGAGAAGGUUCAAUCUCUCGCUGGGAGUAUUUAUCAAGAGUUUGAGAAGAUGAUAGCUCGCUAUGACGAGGAUGUAGUGAAGACUUUGAUGCCACUUUUGGUGAAUGUGCUGGAGUGCCUGGACUCCGCAUACCAAACCAACCAAGAACAUGAAGUCGAACUAGAACUCCUUCGCGAAGACAACGAACAACUUGUCACGCAGUACGAACGCGAAAAAUCAGCCAGGAAACAUUCUGAGCAAAAGCUACUAGAAGCUGAAGAUCAUUAUGAAGGUGAAAGGAAAGAUUUGACCGGACGUCUUGAGGCUUUGGAUAGCAUUGUUCGUAUGCUGGAGUUGAAGCACAAAAAUUCCCUGGACCAUGCCAGUCGACUUGAAGAAAGAGAGAACGAACUUAAAAAGGAAUAUGCAAAACUCCAUGAGCGCUACACGGAAUUGUUCAAGACUCAUAUGGAUUAUAUGGAGAGGACUAAGUUACUGCUGAGUACUGCCGGAGACAGGAGCGAGGUUCGAGGCAGGUUGGGGCUCAACCCUGUGGCCAGGUCCAGUGGUCCUAUAUCAUUCGGGUUCGCGUCCUUAGAAGGAGCUGUUGCCGAGCAAACGGAGAGCAUCCCCGCUAGCCCCGACAGUCUGUCCUCAUCCCCACCAACACCACCGCUCGGUUCUGAAUUAGCAGCGGUACGUACAGUUGAGCGAGCUCAUCAGACGGACCCUAUUACACAACAUAGUCAAGCGACGUCCCCCGUAACUCCUCAAGCUCCAGCCGGUCGUUCGCAGACCAAGAGUGAGAAACGAAGCGGGAACACCUUGUACCAAGAGCUGGCGUUCCACGACACAGACGGUGGUGUGGAAGGAGACGAUGGCGCUGAUAUUACUGGCAGCUGGGUCCACCCAGGGGAGUACGCGUCCUCAGUUAACGAUAACUACUUUGGUAUGGGGAAGGAAGUUGAGAAUCUAAUUUUGGAGAAUAAUGAACUGCUGGCGACCAAGAACGCCCUGAAUGUGGUGAAGGACGACCUCAUAGUGAAGGUGGACGAGCUGACCGGCGAGCAGGAGAUACUGAGGGAGGAGGUGGCAGCCCUCAGCUCGGCACGGGAGAGACUCAGGGAUAGGGUCUCGCACCUAGAAGAAGAACUCAGACAUCUCAAGGAGACGGUGAUAACCAGCGCGGGGAGCGGAGCGGGCGCGGAAGCGGAAGAGGAAGCGGACGUACCGAUGGCGCAACGUCGCAAAUUCACUCGUGUGGAGAUGGCAAGAGUUCUCAUGGAGAGGAACCAGUAUAAGGAGCGCUUCAUGGAACUUCAAGACGCUGUACGUUGGACGGAAAUGGUGCGAGCGAGUAGGGCCGACUCAUCUAUGGAUAAGAAAAGCAAACAGAGCAUUUGGAAGUUUUUUAGUAAUCUCUUCAGUUCUCCGGAGCGACCCCAGCGUCCCCUAUCGACGCCACACCUGCCCGCGGUCGCCGCCCCCACCGCCUCAAUGAGACACUCGCACACAGAGAACUUUCUAGAAACUCAGCUAUCGGAUCACGGGCACGCACACACGCGCAGACACGAACACACACGCACCGACCAAUUCCGACAGGUGCGUGCUCACGUUCGCAAAGAGGACGGUCGUACACAGGCGUAUGGUUGGAGCCUGCCUUGUAAGAACUCCCAGGCGCCUAAAGGAACAUCACUAUCGCUAUCAUCGGGAGGCGUUCCUGUUCCGGUACCGGUUUUUUGCAGACCUAUAGCCGAGUCGGAGCCUCAGAUGACUCUUCUAUGUGCGGCCGGUGUGGAGAGAUCAGUACCAAGCGGACGGAUGGACAGACAUUCAGAUGAUUAUGGAGAGGAUCUCAGUCUAGCUCACGAGAUGAAUAAUGCUCAGUGUGACGAUGGAACACGGAAGCUCUCAUCUCUCGUGUGGAUCUGUUCCAGCACACAGAACAAAUGUAUCGUUAUGAUAAUAGACGCAAAUAACCCUGGUGAGGUGGUGGAGUCUUUCCCUGUGCCGGAUAAGCACAUCUUGUGCGUGGCUUCGGUCCCUGGGGCAAGUACCGCGGAUUAUCUCGAGGCGAAGGGAAGGGAGGCUGCUAUAACCAACGUGGUACAUCCUGAGGAGAAUAAACGUCAUUCGCAAUCUCUAUUCUGCGUGGGCAAGAGUGAUUCUACAGAGAGUCAGAGCAAUGGUACGGUGACAUCGAGCACCAACGAAAACGGUGAUAAAGAGGUUGUUGUUGGAAGUACGAGAUUGGUGGAGGCGAAGCUUCUAACACCGCCAAGUACUCCAGUGAAGGAGGCUCCGAAGAAGGAAAGUGAAGUAAAGGAAGGGAAUGCAGACGUUGAUACUGAACCAGCUGACAGCCCACCACUGUCAUCAACACCAGUUAAUGCGAACGAAGCCAGAAACUCACCUGAGCCAGGUGUUGACGCGUUCGCUCAGCAGCAGAGCUGUGAUGCAACUGGAGCUAGUGUUGGAAACGUUAUCAGCACCGCCAUGAAUACAAUGUGGCUUGGCACGAAAAGCGGCAAUUUAUACGUGUACUCCUCAGUGAAGAAUUACAGCAAAUGUCUGGCUAUGGUAAAGUUAAACGACGCUAUCCUGUCUAUCGUAUGGUGUUCGUCUCGAUGUGUGGCUGCUCUUGCUGACGGUACAGUGGCUGUGUUUGCGAGAAGGACGGAUGGAAUGUGGGACUUCACUAGCUACUGGCUACUCACAUUGGGGGAUCCGAAGUGUUCUGUGCGAUGUCUGAGCGCAGUGGGUCCUCCUUCUUCUGGUACUGUGUGGUGCGGGUAUCGUAACAGAGUAUUGGUGGUAGAACCUCGCUCACGACGUGUGUUACACUCACUAGAGGCGCAUCCAAGACACGAAAGCCAAGUACGACAACUGGCAGCCUACAGGGACGGUGUGUGGGUAUCAAUUAAAAUGGAUUCAGCGUUACGUCUAUACCACGCCACUACAUACGAUCAUCUAAUGGAUGUUGACAUCGAGCCUUACGUCAGCAAGAUGCUCGGUACCGGCAAGCUCGGCUUCUCGCUAGUACGGAUCACAGUGCUGCUGAUUAGUUCAGGACGUCUUUGGAUCGGCACCAGCAACGGCGUAGUGAUCAGUGUGCCGCUCUCAGACGCUCCCAUACCAUCAGGGAAUAAUGCACUAACGACCACUACACGGACUUCAGUGCCAGGUCACGCUGCGUUGAUCCGAGCCGGUGUGAACGUGCCGCCUGGUAGUUGUAUACCGCUCUGUUCGAUGGCCCACGCUCAGCUGAGUUUCCACGGACAUCGCGACGCUGUAACGUUCUUUGUGGCGGUGCCGGGAUCGACGACGCCGCGGUCGCCGGGGACUCCCCCGGCUGGAGCGCCCACCACGCCGCCCUCGCCGACACCAGCGUCACCCGCCACGCCGCCGCCGCCUCCCCCUCCGCCGCCGAUGCUAGUCAUCUCAGGCGGGGAGGGAUACAUCGACUUUAGAAUAGCUGAUAGCGGUAUGGAGGAGAGCGUGGUGGUGGCUGAGGACGGCUCCAGCGGUCACAGUUCCCUGGACCGCGGCGCUCGCUCUCACCUCAUAGUGUGGCAAGUGGCGGCUGCCUAG